CAUCGUUCGGAACAAUACGCAUUCAGAGAAAUCUAGGGUUUAUAGGGCGUUUCCGCCAUGAAAUCACAGCGGCAGAACGACACGGAAGUUUGUCUUACCAUUACCCGACUCACUAAGCUAUCAAAGAACUCGACGAAUGUAAGAGAAGACUUGUUACCUACUGAUCUCCUUAUCGAGAUAUUCUCAAGAUUUCCGACCAAACAUAUAGCGAAAUAUAUAGCGACAUGUCGCUGCGUCUCGAAGCUUUGGUCCUCAAUUUUUUACCGUCCUGAGUUCACUGAUGUGUUGUUCUUGACCAAAUCUUCUGCUAGUCCACAGCUCUUGUUCGCCUGCCAAACACAGAGCGAGUUGCUCUUCCUCUCUUCACCUCAGCCUCAAGAUCCUGUUGAGAACCCGUCUCUUGUAACCGCUAGUUGUCUUACGAAAGUCCCCUUCAACUUUUCCAAUGAAAGUUUUAGUACUAUCAACGGCUUCCUCUGCCUUAGAUACGAUAUCGUAAAGGAAAGGAAAAGCUCAAAGAUGCAGUUCAUAUGUAACCCUAGCACGGGACAACGCUUACCUUUACCGAAGAUGAAGACGGUUGGGCAGAAGAGUUAUUUUGGGUAUGAUCCUAUUGGAAAACAAUACAAGUUAUUUUCCAUGACCUCGUCUAAUGAUAAAUAUAAGGGUAAUUGGAAGGAGUAUCGAAUUCUGACACUAGGAACUCAAAAGCUCUCAUGGAGAAGGAAGGAAUGUUGUGUGCCUCAUUGUCCUGUACAUAAUGAGAUAUGCAUCAAUGGUCUUUUGUAUUAUAGAGCCAACGGAGACGGUUUCACAAAGGCUACUAUGAUAGUUUGCUUUGAUUUUAGGUCUGAGAAGUUCAGUUUUAUGAAAGUCACUGAAAAUUUUAGUAGAGCAGUGGAUCAUAAAGCAACUUUGAUAAACUAUAAUGGUAAAUUAGGUUCACUCAGGUGGGAAGAGCCUUACUCUCUUAGUAGAGGAACCGGAAGUUUUGUCUUGUGGGUUCUACAAGACGCCGAGAAACAUAAAUGGUCCAAGCAUGUUUAUGUGUUGCCUCCUUUGGGGAUUGAGUUAGCUGGGAUGGCCGAGUUGUACUUCGUUGGUGUGAUUGGUACAGAUGAAAUUGUGUUGUCGAUGGACAUUCCAACUAAACCUUUCUACCUCUUCUACUACAAUAUCAAGAGAAACAGUAUCGUUAGAGUUGAAAUCCAAGGAAUACAAGCGCUAAAGGGUAGAAGUGUUCGAACGCUUCUAAACCAUGUAGAGAACGUGAAUCUUAUGUAACUGUUCUUAUGACUUUAAGAUCUGUAAGAGAGCUGCUUUGGCUCUUAAUUAAAGCUCUCACAAAAAAAUAAAGAUCAUAGAUUUUCAUAAAGCCACGCCACUGUAUUUCCACUGGUUUGUUUAGUUAUAACCAUAACCCAACAUAUACUCGAAUUCACAAAGAGGGAGAAAGCAAUGGAGUCGCCUAUGUUUUUUAAGGGAGUAUUUUAUGGAUAUGUUUACACUUUGCAGAAUUGGUUCAGUACACACUCAAGAGCAAUGGGUUUUGUUCUUAGCUAACAUUAGCUUUAUACUCUUCUCUAUCUACCAAUGUGUAACUGUGAGAUCCUGUGUGUAGAUUUCUGUAAUUGAUAUUGUAAUUCUCUGUAUAUACACCAAAAAGGUUCAAGUACUUGGUUUAAAAGAAAAUAUUGAUAAACUACCAUGGUAUAUUAUGAAAAAUUGUAAAUUUUAGAAGAUGCUGAAAAUAGUAAUGGUCAGAGGAUACAUCCGUAUUAUCAGCGUCGUGCAGGAAUGUAUUUGAAAAAAAAAGACUAUUUAGAUGGCUCGUGUUGUCACUGACUCACGGCACUACCAAGCGUCUAGCCAAACCGAGCCUUUCUACAUUUACCACGAGAGUUGGAAUAUAAAGGAAAAGGAAGCCUUUAAAGGUAACAGAGCUUACACCUUUGUAGACCAUGCAGAGAAUGUGAAGCUUAUGCACAUGUAAAAAGAUAUAAAACAUGCAUGUGUUGGUCUCUGGUUUUAGUUGAUGAUGUACUGAUGGAUAGAUUUUCCUUCAGUUCUACCUUUGUGCGAUCUCUCUCUGCAGUAUGCAGGUUCUUUGUUGUAUCCAGUACUGCAGGUUCUUUGUUGUAUUCAGUUUAGCUUCUGGUGCUGUGAUUUUGUUUUUCUCUUUUUGGUGGCAGUUGCAAGAGAAACUCAUUGGCAUAUUUCACUUGAUGAAUAUGGUGUUGAUGGAUAUGAAGUUCUCGGUUGUCUCCUGUUUGGAGCAAUUUCUUUUUUCUAUAUUUCCUCUUGUAUGGAGUGAAUUGGAAGCGCAAGCAUUGUUGGUAUUGGAAGGAUCUUCCUCCCAACUAAUCCCCAUCUCUGCUUUUGGUACAGUGAUUGUGAUCCUUUGGAUUACACUAGAUGCAAGUAUUCAAGAAGUUUAUGAAAUUGUUAUGCAAUUUUUGUUGUUUCUUGCUGUGAUUUGUAUCAAUUAUAUCCCCUGUUUUAUCAGUUUCUUAUUGUUGUUGGCUCUUUGUAGCUUUGUUUUAUCCUCCUCUAAUGGAGUUUGAAGUCUUCUAAAUUAAAUGUUGAUAAAAAAACAUGCAUGUGUUUAUGAUACCAAAAUCGCCGCUCUUGGCAAAAGCAUGCAACAAAGCAAAAUUAAUUUGUAAUAGCCACUACUAUGAAAAUGUUUCAGGUACUUUACAUGGUUUAUAGAAAGAUUUUGGUAUUACCUUAAUCAAUCAUCAAGUUUACAAGUACAGAAGAAGAAAAGAGAGAAAACAAUGUGUUUUACAUCAUAUUUUACAUAUGAAUCAUACAAAAACCCCAACACCUUGAAUGUGAAAUAAUAUUAUUUUUUGGUUGAUCAAUCAAUAUAAUGUGUAGAAGGUAAGAAACUAAACAUGACUCUCAAGAACCCUUUGAGAUCCUACUUUUUGCACGUUAACAAAGGCCUCAAACCUCUCGAUAUGCUUUAUAGGCUUCUCUUAGCCAAGAAAGCAUGCACAAUAUACGUUUGCUAUGUAUAUACGGAGAUCAAACUUUAAACCGCCGCUUUAAUUUUAUUCUUUUAAGGGAAGCUAGGGUUUACAGCAAGGUCAUCUCCGACAUGAAAUCUAAGCGCAAUAAGCGAACUAAGACCUUGUUGAAUGGAAGAGAAGACGAUCCCUACUGAUCUCAUAAUCGAUAUACUGUCUAAACUGCCGAUGAAGUCCUUAGCUAGAUGUCGUUGCGUAUCGAAGCUCUGGGCCUCAAUAGUUGAUCUUCCCUGUACAACAGAGUUAUUCACCACCCGAGCUUCAGCUCACCCGCAGCUAUUGUUCGUCUACAGACAAAAAUACAAGCUUGUAUUCCUUUCGUUACCUCAGCCUCAGAAUCUUGAUAAGAACUCGCCUCCUCAGAAUCUUGAUAAGAACUCGCCUCCUGUAGCUGUCAAGCAUCUAUCGUGUAUCCCCUUUCGUGGUUCUUCUUGUUACGUUAGUGGUCAUGUCCAAGGCUUGGUAUCUCUUAGAGUUAUACAUAAGCGGAUGUCACUACAGAUAAUAUGUAACCCUAGCACAGGACAAGCUUUAACCUUACCGAAAAUAAAGAGUAGCAGCUUUAUAUUUAGGGUGAGAAGCAUUCUGGGGUAUGAUCCCAUUGAUAAUCAAUUCAAGGUAUUGUCCUUAUCAGGGUACUCAAAAAUAACUCCUCUUGAUCAGCAGCAUCAAGUUCUGACAUUGGGAACUCAAGAACUUAAAUGGAGAACGAUCAAGUGUUCCACACCCCAGCAUUCUUUCAAACACGGGAUAUGCAUCAACGGUGUUUUGUAUUGUCCAGUUCGUGCACCAGGAAGAAAUCAUAUGAUAGGUUGUUUUCACGUUAGGUCUGAGAAGUUCACUUUUAUUAAAGUGAAAACAACUUUUAUCAAAGCAGUCUUUCAUGGCACUCUGAUAAACUACAAUGGCAAAUUAGGUUCACUUGUAUCUGGUGGGUCUCGCUUCGCUGAUGGAGCAAGUAGAAGUUUUCAGUUGCUUGUUAUAGGAGAUUUUGAAAAGCAGGAGUGGUCCACGCAUAAUUACGUGUUACCUCGUCUUUGGAAGAACUUAGUUGGAAGAGCCGUGCUACGGUUAGUUGGAUUUGUUGGUACCAAUGAAAUUGUCUUCUCGCACCCUUCCCAGGUUAUCUACUACAAUAUCGAGAAACGUACUAUCCUAAAAGUUGCUAUCCAAGGGGCAGAAGCGCCUCAGUAUAAUUUUGUCAUCACCUUUCUAAACCAUAUGGAGGAUCUCAAAUUUACGCAUGCGUUUAAGUAAUGAUUUUAUAGAACUUGAGAGUUUUGUAACAAAGCUCAUUAUAUUUGGCUUAUCUUUACUACUGAUUUUUUGUACUUGUCACUUUUUGGCUUAUUGGAUGGUUAUUUUCUGGUUUCUGUGUGAAUUUUUUUGGGGUAUGUGUCUACACUUUACAGAAUUGGUUCAGUACACAUUCAUGAACAAUGGUUUGCUUUUAGCUAACAUAAGCUUUAAAUUAUCUAGGAAUGUGUACUUGGGUGAUCGUCUGAUUGGAUUUCUAUAAUUGAUAAUGUAAAUUGUCUGUAUAUACAAACACUUGGUUUAUAAGAAUUCUAUUUGAUAAACUUCCAUGGUAAAUUAGGAGCACUAUGUGAUAAAGGUCUGCCUUUGUAUGGUUUUAAGUUUUUGAGUUUUAGAAAAUGCUAAAAAAGGAUUGUUUAGAA